AUGAAAGUUGAAAACAAGUUAAGAGACAAAAUAUAUAAACAUAUUUUAAAUAAAAAAGGAGAAGAAUGGAAAGAAGAUGGAAUAGAUUUCAACAAAUUAGUUGAUUCAAAUGUCGAAAAGUUAAAUAUAAAUGAAAAUGAUAAAAAAUUGAUAAAAACAAAAUGGGUUAAUAUAUUAAAAAGAAAUGCCGAAAAAUAUGGAAAAGUAUCAGAGGGAAAUAAAAUCAAAAUAUAUAAUACAGGAUAUGCAUGCUUUAAAAAUAUAUUAAAAUCUAUAGACAAAUGUAAAAAAAGAGUUUGGUUUGAAUCUUAUAUAUUUGAUGAUUCUGAUUUUGCUGAGCAAAUAAUAAAUAGCUUGUGUAAUGCAUCUAAAAGAGGGUGUGAUGUUAUUUUAUUAGUCGAUUAUAUUGGAAGUUUAAAAUUGAAAAAUAAAUGGGUUAAUAAACUUAAAGAAAAUAAUGUUAACGUUAUAUUUUUUAAUACAUUUCUAAAUUCGUUUUUAAAUAUAUUACCUAUAUUUUUUCGGGAUCAUAGAAAAAUUAUAAUUCUCGAUAAUUCUGCAUAUUGUGGAUCUAUGAAUGUCUCAGAAAAUGUUAUUCCAAAUUUUUCAAAUAUAGUUAGAACUGAUAAGGAUGAAAUAUUGCUUAAUAUUGAAAAGGAAUGUCAGAAUUAUCAUUUAUUAAAUGAAAAAGAAUCAGAUAAUGCUGAAGGAUAUAUAUUUACAAAUGGUAUAUUAGGGAAGAAAAAUAAAUGUUUAGAAUAUUAUGAUUUGCAUAUUAAAUUAAAAGGGCCAGCAGUAAAAGAUUUAGCUGAUGUAUUUAUUGAUUCUUUAAAAAUGGCAAAUACAGAUAUUACCCGUGAUCCAAUAGAAAAUCAAAAAAAAUAUAAAAAAAAUGAUGAAGAUAAUUCUUCAUGUUAUGUACAAGUACUUGAGUCGAAUGUAUUAAGAAAAAUUAAAUCAAUCCAAUUAUCUUUUGAGUAUAUUAUAAAAAAUGGAGCUAAUAAUAACAUUUAUAUUACAACUAGUUAUUUUUUACCUCCAGGGUUUCUACGACGAGCUUUAUUUUAUGCUUUAUCAAAUGGGGUAAAUAUAUCUUUUUUAUUUUCUGGAAAUUCAGAUAUUUUUGGUGAUGUACCUGCUACAUAUUAUGUUAUAAAAAAAUUUUUGAAAAAAUUUGGUAAUGAAAAAGAUAAAGUAAUUUAUGAUAAUACAUCAAAUAAUAAUGAGAAAAUAUCUGAUUUUGAAAAUAGAAUAAUAAAUAAUUAUCAUAAUAAUUUACAUUCAAAAAAAAAUAAACUAUUAAAAUGGAAAAAAAUAAAUUUUAAAGAUUUUAAAAAACAUGUAGAACACAAAUUUGGAGAUAAUUUGUUAUUAAAAAAUAAACAUAAAGGAACUAGCGAAUUUUUUUUUUUUGAAAAAAAACAUUGCCAUGCAAAAAAUAUAGUUGUUGAUAAUCUAUGGUGUUCUAUUGGUUCAUUUAAUUGGGAUCGAUUUUCUUCAAGACGAAAUUUAGAAGUUAUGGUAUCUAUUUUUGAUAAAAAUAUAUCCGAUAAAUUUAUUAAAGAGCAUGAGGAAAAAAAAAAAAAUAAUUCAAAACAAAUAACCUUAUCAAAUAUAAAUAAUAGAAAUGUUUUACAAAUUUUUUUUAGUUAUUGUGCUUAUCAUAUUGGAAAACUUUAUGGAAAAAAUAUAUUUGAUGGAUUAUCCAAUAAUAAUAAAAAAACUAUCCUUAGAAAAGCUAUCAUAAAUAGAUACCUUGCAGACAAUUGUAUUGAUCAUAUUUCUUUGAACAUGAUGUGGGGAACAUAA